AUGGCGGGAAGAAAUGCUAUAAACAAGCCAAAGAUCAAGAUGUUGGCACAUAGUCAUGCCAAAUCACUAAGCAGAAAGAGAUCGCUUAGAAACUCUAUCCAAACAAAGUCUUCCACUUCUCGUUAUGCACCCAAAGGGUCAACAGCUCCAAGACCAACUGACUCCAAAGCUGUUGCCCUAUACACGGGGGAGGCCCCCGCUCCAAGUUCGGUAAUGACUACAAAUACGUUGUCAAAGAAAAGGGCGAAAAAGAUUGCCAGAAAUCAAAAGUAUUUUACCAAAAAACAAGAGGGAGAUAUCUUGAUGAAUAUUGAUAAUGAUAUAAAGAAUUCAAAGUUGGAGCAAGCUAAAAAGGCUUUGUGGGAGUUGAUAGAAUCACGUGAAAAGAAUGGCCCCGCAGUUGUUGCUGAUGGUGAGGGGACCACGUUGGGGGUGCAAUCCUUCUAG